GCCAGGGCAACCGUGCCGCACGCUGCUAUAUAGGAGCGCCGGGGAUGCGUCUGUGGACAGGAGGGCGCGCGUGAGAGCAGAAGAAGUCUGCUGCAGAGGCGGAGCGCGCGAGCUUUGGAGACGACUGGCCACCGGAGCCCGACGCAGCACAACUCACGCACGCGCGCGCGCUAUGGACUACGACAGUGACCGGGCUCUGUAAACGGGGGAGAGUCCGUGCGCGCACAGUACAGUGCAGUGCAGCUGCUGCCCGUGCCUAAAACCUCACCAGUUGACUUUUCAUUUUCAUAAAGUUGAGUUUUUUUUUUCAAACAGUGAAUCUGACUGAAUUGCACCGCGGCCACACGCACGCACGCGCACGCUCGGCACCAUGAAGCUGCUGCUUUUACCAGUCGUAAUGGCUGUUUUCGCAGUCGCCCAAGUCUUUUGCGAAGACAACGCGCCAAAAGAAGAGGCGGACUACUGGACGAGUAGUAAUCAAAUGCAGGACGGCUGGCUUUCCAGUGAUCCCUUCAGAGAAAUCCUCCUGAGGAUGAGGAGAAAGCCUCGGCCGCAUCAGUUCAUCGGUCUGAUGGGGAAGCGCUCUAUGGCAAAUUCACAGAUCACCCGCAAAAGGCAUAAAGUCAACUCUUUCGUUGGACUGAUGGGAAAAAGAAGCCAAGAGGAGCCAGACUCGUACGAGUGGAGCACGAUACAGACGUAUGACAGGCGCCGCUGAACAGUCACCUCUCCACCUGCCUGCUCGCCAUCUAGCCGUUCCUCAUCCACGGGAGGGGAGGGGGGGGGGAGGGGCCCCUGACAGAUUCUCCGGACUGUGUUUAGCUAUCAGUGAAAUUAAAAAUGAUUCUGUUUCCACAUUGUAGUGACGUAGCAUUGAUGUACCUGUGCCAGUUUCAUUUGUCCCAGCAGAUUGGGGUAAGAUAAGGGGGGGGGGGGGGGGGGGGGGAUGGUUCCUUAUCAGUGUCGGUGCUUUCUGUGAGUGUUUUCGCCGCAAAGACUACAUGUUGUUGUGGAGCAUCAAAGCAAGGCUGUACCCCACGGUAUGCUGAAAAUUGCACUGCCAAAGUCACUGUAUAGUGCCUCAUAACUGUUUGAUUGCAGCUGAUUGUUCUAUAACUACAACACACUGGGACGGGCUCUCAUUUUUUGGCUUUCGAGUGACUUCAGACCAGCCGUCGCGUUCUACACCUGCACAUGUGAUUUGACAUGACAGGAUACCUGUGUGUUUUGAUUGUUUGACAAAUAUUAAAAUUAUUUUCUUUACUGGUUCA